CAAACUUCGACAGCGUGUGGAAAGUUGGCUUUCGACAAGCAACGCAAUCUGCACUUUUGUCCUCGGGACAAAGAGCACCCUACAUUUCGAGAUGCUCAGAAAUGGGCCUUCAACUCGCGGACUUGGGCAGAUUGUAAUUUUCAGUGAGUACCAUGAUCCGUUUGAUGGUCGGAUUGAGGACACAGACCUGACAUCCUUGGCGAAUAGAUACAUCCAUCUAACCAAGAUCCAUCGGCAAAGCGAUGAGAAGUUCAUAACGAUGCUCCAGAACAUCCGCCUGGGUCACACAACCGACGCCGAUCUCAACGUCCUGCUGCAGCAUCGCGAAGUCAGGAAUGGCAUAGCUCUGUUCAGCCUCAGAGGCAAAGCCAGGGACUACAACAACCAGGAGCUUAACAAGCUUCGCAGCCACCCGGAACACUUUAGUGCCCUGGACCACCCAAAAGACCUCGGCGAUAAGGACGAGAAGCAUCGGUUCGACAAGCAGUUGACCCUCAAGGCUGGCAUGCCGGUUGUGCUGCUAGCUAACGUGAGCUCUCCCCUUUCCCCUCCCGCCGCGCUAUCGCACACCCUGCCCCAAGGUUACCUAGAUUAACGCGCCAGUGAAUGACUCGCAGCUCGACGUCGAGAACGGUUUCUGCAACGGCAGCCAGGGCAAGCUCGUCCGCUUCAUACGGAAGUUGGACGAAUGCAACAAGCCCAAGAUGCCCGACAAGGGGAACUACAAAGGGGACACCUACGGCUUCCAGGUCGCAUACGCGAGAUACGAACAG